AAUCGACUUUCUGUUUAAGACAAUUCAACCGUGUAACCCGUUACAUAUAUAAGAAUUUAUAGAAGAUGUACAUUGAGUAGAAGCAAUGUAGUUACACUUCAGGCACGCAUAUUCUCUCCCCUUUUUUUCUCGCUAUUCAGUCUCCGUUUAGUCUAAUCCCGAUUUGAUUCGGCUUUUGGCUUUACUCUUUUUAUAUACACUAUGUCCCAUUCAGAUGAAGACCACCGCCCUACAACAGAAUAUACCGAGUUUGAAUUUCAAGAUUCAGCUGCUGAUGAGCCUUUGUUAGCGAACACAGAAAGUGAUGAAGAAUUACACGUAGAAUAUAAACUACCUUCAGAAGGUGGAACGAUAUUUUCAAGCUUUUUAAACAUGGCCAAUAGUAUUAUCGGAGCAGGCAUCAUAGGAUUACCAUUUGCAUUUAAAGAAGCUGGAUUUUGGACAGGCAUUGCUUUACUGAUCUUGUUGACAUUGAUUGUAGAUUGGACUGUGAGACUAUUGAUUUUCAAUGGCAAAUUAGCAGGCAGAUCAACUUACCAAGAUUUAAUGGAAUUCGCAUUUGGUAGACUUGGAUUGAUUGCCAUUUCUAUUUUCCAAUUUGCUUUUGCCUUUGGAGGUAUGGCAGCGUAUUGUGUGAUUAUAGGCGAUACAAUUCCUCACGUGAUUCGUUCUUUGUUUCCCAAAAUCCAUCAAGUACCUGUCAUUUGGAUUUUUGGAGACAGACAACUCUGUAUUGGGUUCUUUACGCUAUUUGUGUCCUAUCCACUCUCACUCUAUCGAGAUAUAGCCAAAUUAGCCAAGACAAGUGCAUUAGCGUUGAUUGCUAUUUUCAUUAUCAUUAUUGCUGUAGCCAUUGAAGGACCACAGACAAGCCAAGAAUUAAGAGGCUCAAGUGAAUUGAUGUUUAACUGGAUAGGCACAGAAAUAUUCCAAGCCAUUGCUGUCAUUAGUUUUGCUUUUGUAUGCCAUCACAAUAGUUUUCUUAUUUUCGGAUCAUUGAAACAACCCUCUCUGAAUCGAUUUGCUAUAGUGACACAUUGGAGUAUGGGCAUUGCUUUCUUUACUUGUUUUGCAUUGGCUGUGUCUGGAUACUUGGUGUUUACUGACAAGACAGUGGGUAACAUCCUUAACAAUUUCCCCUCAGAUAAUACGUUGAUCAAUGUGGCCAGACUAGCUUUUGGACUGAAUAUGUUUACGACGAUUCCUUUAGAAUCAUUUGUUUGUCGAGAAGUACUGGAGAACUUUUUUUGGCCUUCAGCACCUUUUCAUCAAAUACGACAUUUUUUGAUUACAACUGUAUUGAUCUUGGCGACAUUGGGUAUUUCUCUAUUGACCUGUAAUUUGGGUGUUGUGUUGGAAUUGACAGGUGGAUUCUCAGCCACUGCCUUGGCUUUUGUAUUGCCUCCUUUAUGUUUCUUGAAAUUGGCUAAAGGGUCUUUAUGGUCUAAAGACAAGAUAGUGCAUUGGUUGUGUAUGCUAUUUGGUAUAGUCAUCAUGAUUGUAAGCACAUUCUAUAGUCUUCAAAAAGUAUUUUUAGUUUCUGAUGAGACAAUAGUUCAACAUUGUGAAUAAAAAGAGAGAUAGAGAAAAAAAAAUUUAAAAAAUUAUGCUCUUU